AUGGAUAGUUUUCAACUUGGCAUUUGGAGCGCUGAAUCUCCCUCGUCAUAUAAUGUAUUUUCAUCGCUUGAUGCCGAUGACUGUCAGCGUUAUGUUGAUACCGCGAGUUCUCAAAUACCCAUAACCAGCGCCCAACACAUGGAUUUCGAGGCCUGUCUCAUCCAAGAUGGCUUUGAGCACACUGAAAUUAUUCCUGCUGAUCGGCGACAUUCGCCUAAAGCCUUUUUCGAGAAUAUCAACUCUCCUACAUUGUUUUCAAGCAUAUUUCCUGUCGCCUGCACAGGAAAAAAAAGGGCAUCCACCUCCUUCUUCGAGAUGUUGAGUAACCCCUGCUUGUUUUCAUCAUAG